GGAGGGCGGGGCUGACGAGGCCAGAGGAGCAGCGGCUGGACGCGGGCGCGGAGCUGGGCCUCGGCGGGCGCCGGGCAGCUGUGUCUGUGUCUUGACGUAAGGCCCACUGGGAACAAUGCCUCCUCCAUCGGACAUUGUUAAAGUGGCUAUUGAAUGGCCAGGUGCUAACGCCCAGCUCCUUGAAAUCGACCAGAAACGGCCUCUGGCAUCCAUCAUCAAGGAAGUGUGUGAUGGGUGGUCACUGCCAAACCCUGAGUACUACACACUCCGCUAUGCAGAUGGGCCGCAGCUCUAUGUCACCGAGCAGACCCGAAGUGACAUUAAGAAUGGGACAAUCUUACAGCUGGCUGUCUCUCCGUCCCGGGCUGCCCGCCAGCUAAUGGAAAGGACCCAGUCAUCCAGUAUGGAGACCCGGCUGGAUGCCAUGAAGGAGCUGGCUAAGCUCUCGGCUGACGUCACUUUUGCCACCGAGUUCAUCAACAUGGAUGGCAUCGUUAUGCUGACAAGGCUCGUGGAGAGUGGAACCAAGCUUCUGUCUCACUACAGUGAGAUGCUGGCAUUCACCCUGACUGCCUUCUUAGAGCUCAUGGACCAUGGCAUUGUCUCCUGGGACAUGGUUUCAAUCACCUUUAUUAAGCAGAUUGCAGGGUACGUGAGCCAGCCCAUGGUCGAUGUAUCCAUCCUUCAGCGGUCCCUGGCCAUCCUAGAGAGCAUGGUAUUAAACAGCCAGAGCCUGUACCAGAAGAUAGCAGAGGAAAUCACCGUGGGACAGCUCAUCUCCCACCUGCAGGUCUCCAACCAGGAGAUCCAAACCUAUGCCAUCGCUCUGAUUAACGCGUUGUUCCUGAAGGCCCCCGAAGACAAGCGACAGGACAUGGCCAACGCCUUCGCACAGAAGCAUCUUCGGUCCAUAAUCCUGAACCACGUGAUCAGAGGGAAUCGACCAAUCAAAACAGAAAUGGCCCAUCAGCUCUAUGUCCUUCAAGUCCUGACCUUUAACCUUCUGGAAGAAAGAAUGAUGACUAAGAUGGAUCCCAAUGACCAGGCUCAACGAGACAUUAUAUUUGAACUGAGGAGGAUUGCAUUCGACGCAGAGUCCGACCCUAACAAUGUCCCCGGGAGUGGGACUGAAAAACGCAAAGCCAUGUACACCAAGGACUAUAAGAUGCUGGGGUUUACUAACCAUAUCAACCCAGCCUUGGACUUCACCCAGACUCCUCCUGGAAUGCUGGCUUUGGACAACAUGCUGUACCUGGCCAAAGUCCACCAGGAUACUUACAUCCGGAUUGUGUUGGAAAACAGUAGCCGGGAGGACAAGCAUGAAUGUCCCUUCGGCCGCAGUGCCAUUGAGCUCACCAAGAUGCUCUGUGAGAUUCUGCAGGUCGGGGAGCUCCCAAAUGAAGGGCGCAAUGACUACCACCCGAUGUUCUUCACCCACGACCGAGCCUUUGAAGAGCUCUUUGGAAUCUGUAUCCAGCUGCUGAACAAGACCUGGAAGGAAAUGAGGGCAACAGCUGAGGACUUCAACAAGGUUAUGCAAGUCGUCCGAGAGCAGAUCACCCGGGCUCUGCCCUCUAAACCCAACUCCUUGGAUCAGUUCAAGAGCAAACUUCGUAGCCUGAGCUACUCAGAGAUUCUGCGGCUGCGCCAGUCUGAGAGGAUGAGCCAGGAUGACUUCCAGUCCCCUCCAAUUGUGGAGCUUCGGGAGAAGAUCCAGCCUGAGAUCCUGGAGCUGAUUAAGCAACAGCGCCUGAACCGGCUGUGCGAGGGCAGCAGCUUCCGAAAAAUCGGGAACCGGCGGCGGCAAGAGCGGUUCUGGCACUGCCGCUUGGCACUGAACCACAAGGUCCUACAUUAUGGCGACUUGGAUGACAACCCUCAAGGGGAGGUGACAUUCGAAUCCUUGCAGGAGAAAAUUCCUGUUGCAGAUAUUAAGGCCAUUGUCACUGGGAAAGACUGUCCCCACAUGAAAGAGAAGAGUGCCCUGAAGCAGAACAAGGAGGUGUUGGAAUUGGCCUUCUCCAUCCUGUAUGAUCCUGAUGAGACGUUGAAUUUUAUUGCUCCUAAUAAAUAUGAGUACUGCAUCUGGAUUGAUGGACUCAGCGCCCUCCUGGGGAAGGACAUGUCCAGCGAGCUAACCAAGAGCGACCUGGACACACUGCUGAGCAUGGAGAUGAAGCUGCGGCUUCUGGACUUGGAGAACAUCCAGAUCCCCGAGGCACCACCACCAGUCCCUAAGGAGCCCAGCAGCUAUGACUUCGUCUAUCACUAUGGCUGAGCAGGAAGGGACUGGGGCCCAGGAGAGACACUGGCAGCCUGUGCCUUGCCCUCCAAUUGAACAAACUCUAUAGUGAUCGCGGCAACUGCUCCUCAAACCCACUGGGACCCAGAGCUUCUCUUGGUCCCUUCCACUAGGAGUCAUGAAGUCAGGGCCUGCUGCCCUCCUCAGCACCACAGAGCCUGGAGGGGUGAACUCAAGACGCUCUUGCCUCCCACCCUGAGUCUGCAUCUGGAACUGGACAUACUGCCGGCCACCCCCUUUCCUUUUGAGCCUACUCUCUGGUUUUACUGGAGAACUCAUGCAGGCUGCAGCUGGCCCAGGAAAGGCUGCCCAUGGGCACAUGCAUCCUGGGGAAGGGGAGAGCCUUGGAGUGACUGUUUUCAAGUGGUUCAGGCAGGGCGGGGCCUUGAGCUUUUGCUUAAUAAGCCUCUGAAGGCUCGUUCCAACCUUAUCCUGUGCCAAGAUACUGCUGCCUCUGGGAUUUGGUCCUGACAUCUCUAGUCUCUAGAGGUGUCAGUCUCUCUUGCCCAUCCAGCUAUCAAAAAAGGUAGUAAUUUCCUCCCCAAGCACUCAGUCUCAUCCUAGCCAGGCAGAGGCUUCCAGCCUGAGGCUUGCUCUCUUAGGCUCCAGGAAUGCUGCAGGGAAAGUCAGACUGAGGCCUUCCAGCUCACCCUCCAUUUCUGUCUUCCUUGCUGAGGAAGAAUGUUCCCAUGCCCCUAGUUACAGGCCCAUGUGUUUGCUUUCCUGUUGGCCCCCAACCUGGGCAGUUUGCCUUCCCUUUAUCUCCUUCCUGGCACCGUGGUUUCUGCCAUUAGCCAUGACUUCAAGAAGCGGCUGGGGCCACAGCUGUGCCAUGGCCUUCUCUGGUGCUGCAGCACUUGGAGCACACACACAGCCUCUCUCCUUGGACGCAUGUUAACAUGGUGGUAUUUAGUACUGGUAGCCUGGCAUGGUAGGUACUACCCAAUGAAGAGUGUACUAUAUAUUUUCUUUACUAUAGGCCAUACUCAUACAGACUGUAUAUAUAUUUAUAUAAGAUCUUCCUGUCCUAGGAUAGAAUGUUUAAGGGAAAAUAAAUUUGAGAGCAGAAAUGCAGUGUUCUCAUGAACUAAGAAUGUAACCGGAGAGCAGCCAGGAGCUUCCUGUCAGUGACUGUGUUUUCAAUAAAUACUCUUUCAUGUA